AUGAAGAAAUUUGAUGAAGAGAAACUUUUGCCCUUUGAUCAGCCGUCGAUACAUCUUACAAAAACUACGAUAGCUCAAACAAGGCAAAAUGUGAGCGAUUUUCGACAAGACAUCGCUCUUUUGAGAGCUCUCGCCAUAUUGGCCGUUCUCGGUUAUCAUUUUUGGCCUUCGAUUUUCCCGGAAGGAUUUCUCGGAGUUGAUCUCUUUUUCGUCAUUUCUGGUUACUUGAUGAUAGUGGUGCUCGAUCGAUCGAAACUCAUUCCCCAUCAUAUGAUUGUCGAGUUUUACUAUAAACGAGUAAAGCGAAUUUGCCCACUCUACUACUUGAUCGUCUUUAUUACGGGUUUUUUUGCAAUGUUUGUCUAUUCAGCCAGCUGGGCUCAGCAAUAUUUCUCCUACUAUCUUCCGUCAAAUUUAUUGACACUAAAUUUGAGAAUGGUCUCAACAGAUGGUGACUAUUUCGAAGAAGGAACCGUUGGGAUUCCAUUUCUUCAUUUUUGGUCUCUAGCUGUAGAGAUGCAAUUCUAUAUUGUCGCACCAAUCAUUUUUCUCUGCUCAAAGAUGCAAGUCGAGGGCUAUCGAUGUGGAUGGUUAAUAAUGCUCAUAAUCCUGGUGAUUUCGCUGAAAUUCCGCCUCGAAAUCACCCCAAUCACCGCUUUUUAUCAUCCGUUUGCGAGACUUUGGCAAUUCCUGAUCGGAAUGCUGGCCUCCUUUUGGACAGAGGAAAUUACGUCAAAAGAGAUACAGCAAGAGCAGCCAAACCGAAAACUCAAGGCAAUCGCCGUGGUUUCUCUUGUAUUGACGUUUGUCGUGUUUCUACCGGUUCAAUUGCUCGACCCACGGCUGAUCCAAAUCUUUGUCACAAUAAUGGCCGGCGUCUUCAUGAAAUUUGCCCCACAUAGCUUGAUUGAUUGGUCAAAGUUUCGUCUGAACUAUCUGGGCGAGAUCUCCUAUGCUCUCUAUUUGAUUCACUAUCCGGUGCUCAGCUAUUCAAAGUAUUUGGCUUCAUAUUACGAUCUUGAAGAAAAUAUCGUAAAAUGCCUAGCUUUUGUGAUGUCUUUUCUACUGAGCGCCCUCGUUCAUCAUUUCUACGAAAAACCCAUGCUUGUAGCUGAUAGGAAAACGGUUUUCAAGGAGAUUCUCAAAUUUCUCAUUCUUUCACUGUUGAUCAGCUGGAAAUGGGCAUCGAUUGUACACCCGGAAUGUGCUAUGAAAUCGAUUGUCGAGGAGAACCGUAAAGCGUACAAGACAAUGUAUAAAUUGGAGGAGGGAGUAAUGGUGAAUGACGCGUGGAAACAGAAACGAUCCGAUAUGGGACAUUACCAAUAUAAGAAUGGAACCGGAAAGUAUCGUGUGGUCGUUUCGGGAAACUCUUGGGCGUCACAGCAGACGCAUAUAGUACGAGAAAUUCUUCAAAACGAUAUCCAAACGAUGGACAUGUUCGCCAUCGCGGCUUCGGCGGUUCCAUUCGAUUAUGUAAAAGGUCAAUCGGAGGGAUAUUGGAAAUUCGUUGAGGAGAGUCGGCCUCAGAUUGUUUUCAUUUUAUUGAGGUACGUACAAGGCCAUCUGAAACCCCUUCAAAAGAAUGACAAAAUUCUAGAACUGUACUUGAAUGCGACAAGAAGACUGAGUAAAUUUGCUGAUCACAUCUUCAUCGAAUCUCAUCAACCAUACUGUCCCAAGGACAUUACAACGCCAUGGGCUUCGUUCCUUCGAAAAUACGUUGAUGUGCUCGAGAAAGGUGGUGAUCCGAACAAAAUGGUGCACCGCGAUUUUGACCCAGAAGCCUUCGAUAAUCAUGCUAUUCACAAAAGGUUGGCUGUUGUCUUGAAGGAGUGUCCAAAAUGUCAUUUGAUCAAUGUGGCCGAGCAGUUUAUAGAUCGAAAAAAGGGAAAAAUCGUGACUUUCGAUGCAAAGACCCAAAUGGCCUAUGUGGAUAAUGAUUGCCACCUGACCCCAACUGGGCUCAACGCCAUCAAGAAACCAUUUCGAGAAACAAUUCAAAGAGCACUGAAUCUCACAGAUACU